CCCAAGGACUCGCCGAAACGACCACCAAACUCAAACUCAAUCCAAAGUGUCAGUGUCGUCGGAGUAGCAGGGAACCUCGUUUCAGAAUUCAACUCUCCGAUUCGCUUCCCGACCGCCAGACCUUAAACUCGAUCAAACUGUGAGUAAAUCUUCAAUCUUUCAACCUCUUUCUUUCCACCGUUCGUUCAAUUAACUCUGAAACUCUAUUAACUAGAUUUAACAACCAUAUAGUCUCAAUGGGUAGAGCUUCAUCUUCAAUCCUAUCAUUCCUCCGUCAAAAACCCACCACCCAAAUCCGAUACUUUUCCGUAGAAACCACCACAAAAGACUCUGAUUCUUCCACACAAGUUGCUCAACAGAUUUGUAACAUCAUUAGAACAAAACCCAGAUGGGAGACCACUCUGUCCUCCGAGUACCCUUCUCUUAACUUCUCUGAUCCUAAGCUUAUUCGUGAGGUCUUGAAUCAGCAGAGCAGUGUGCUCCUCUCAGUUCGGUUCUUCUUGUGGUUGAGCUCUCAGGAACACUUUUCCCCUGACUCCAUUUCAUGUAGUGCCGUUUUCAAUGCUCUGGUGGAGGGCAAUGCCUGCAUGGCAGCUCAAGUUUUCCUUGAGAAAACCCGGUUUGAGCCGGAGCCGGUUGCCUUGGAGAGUUAUGCAAGGUGUCUGUGGGAGGCUGGGAGAGUUGAGGAUGGUGGUGAGGUGUUUGAGAGGUUGAUAGAGGCCGGAGUGUGCCCUUCGAUUAGUACUUGGAAUGCGGCAUUGUCCGGGUGCAUUAAGGCUAAGAGGACAGAUAUGGUUUGGAAGCUGUAUCAAGAAAUGAUGGAGUAUGGUGUUGUAGCUGAUGUUGAGACUGUUGGGUGUUUAGUUAGAGGGUUUUGUGAUGAUAAUGAGGUUUUGAAAGGUUAUGCGCUGCUUCGUCAGGUUGUGGAAGAUGGAGUAGUCCCUGAUAAAGCUACUUUUGACAGGUUGAUAUCAGAGUUUUGUAAGGUGAGGGGGUAUACUAAAAUGUCUGAACUCCUCCAUGUGAUGAUAGCAAUGAACUGUGCCCCGGAUAAUGAUACUUAUCGGAAGAUUAUCCGUUGGUUGUGUGAGAAUCAAAGGCGGUCUGAGGCUUUUCGGAUUUUUAAUGAUCUAAAGAGUAGAGGCUAUGCUCCUGAUAUUUCCAUGUACACAACCAUGAUUGGUGGUCUUUGUUCGAUGAACUGGGUAGGAGAUGCUAGGAAGCUAUGGUUUGAGAUGAUAGAUAAGGGACUUGGUCCAAACGAGGACACUUACAGUACCAUGAUUCAUGGGUUUUGUAAAAGUGGUUAUAUAGAAGAGGCCUGGAUCUUGUACAAGGAGAUGGGUGAUAAAGGAUAUCGUCCAGACAAGUACACUACUAAUACCAUGAUUCAUGGGAUUUGUAUGAGUGAAAAUUUAGAACAGACCAAGAUCAUUCACAAGGAGACAUGUGAUGAAGAAACCACAGUUGAUUCAUGGGAUUUGUAUCAGUGACAAAACUCUAAUCCGAGAUUUAUGCAAAGAAGGUGAGGUGCUUACAGUCAUCAACUCGAUCUUAUGCCCCACUUAUUGAAGCACUUUGCCAGGCGGGAAGAGUAGAAAAGAAGCAAAAAGUGUGUAGAAUGUAAUGAAGAGUUAAGUUUCCAAAACUCUUGAUUAUAAUUAGUGGAUUGUGCAAUCAAGGAAAUGUUGCUAACAGAAUGAAUUGGUUGGUUGCAAAGUUAGCAUAAGCAAAAAACAAAGCAAAUAACCUUUUUGAAAUUUCUUUGUUGUCUGUCACAGAAAGAUAGGUUGGAUAAGUCUUUACUUGGUUUGGACUUCAUGUUUACUUAAGUUGUAUUUUAUACUUCUGUCAAUAAGCUUCGCUCAAGGGAUGCCCAUUUUGUUGAAUCAUGUCUAGGGAAUAUCUUAAAAGGAACUGAUAUUGUAGCUGCCUGU